GUUUGAUCCAGCGGUCCUGAGCCACAGUGCGGAAUUUCAGUUUGCAAGAAUGAGUAAAAUGGGUCUUCAUGCUUGACAGUCGAGCAGCGAUCUUAUGGCGGCGCUUCCGGCCGCUUUCCGCUCAGCUGAAGUGACCGCAGGUUAUACCUCGCAAACGUGACAAAGGAAUCGCAUGAGCGUGAUGUUGAGAUGUCUCCUAUCUGUUCUACCUGGACAUUGAUGAGCUGAGCAAUUCAAUACGCGAUUGCUAACUGUCUACGGAAGAUUAUGAACAAGCAAGCAGUUGUUAAGCCCAAAUCACGCGGCUAAAAGUUACUGGGCUCCUCAUAACGCCUAUGUAUCUUCAUUUCCUCACACAUUAUUUCUAGGGCUUCACUGCGAACUAUUCGGGAUUCAAGUGUUCCCCCUCUAACAGUCCCAAUCCAACACUCAGCACUUCGAUAGAUAUACGUUUUUACCCACGAAUUCCGUCAAAGUUUCCCUCCUGAGUCACCUAUACCCCUCAUCCUUUUUUCCACCUUUGAUGCCUACCAUGGACGCUUCUCCCCACGCUCCCCCAGUUCCCUCUUCACUAUCUGGCCACGCCCACAAGUGUUCCACCGGAAUGCGAUUCGGAGCCUUUAGUUCCACGCCGAAGUGCUGUCUAGUCGUUUGUCUUCGAGAGGCUCGCCAAAUUCCCGACCUCACUUCCAGUCUCAAGCACUCAUAUCGUUUCACAUCGAAAGGAAUGGAGUUGAUGGCCGAGAAGGGCCGUAGGCUCCUGGCUUCUCGAGUUCACCCAGAUGAGCCGAAGGCAAAACGCUUGGGGGUCUCGGAAGCGACUCCGAAUUGAGCGGGGGAUUUGUUUAAUGUUGUCAGGCUUUUCUUGUAUUGUACCAUUACAUUUACGUGUCUGAGCAGGAACAAGUGAAUGAGCACGACAGAAACGGUCCGGAAUGGCUGCUCUUUUUGAUUCUCUUUCGGUUUAUUUCUUCACAUCAAACGUGUACAAUCAUAUUCCUUUUCACAUGCCUGAUCCAGUCCGUUUUCAUAGCUGAUGGAGGACAGCUAACAGUUGGUUCCAUA